AUGUCAGAAACUUCAGCAGCGAUUCCUUUGUCACAGGUACUGGCGACAAUCUUCCCAGUUUUCCUUCGCCAGGGCGUUGGAUAUGGCGUUGUCAUCGGUCUGGGAGCAUUCUUUGCCCUGGCGAUGAUAGGCGUCACGACUAUCAUGAAGAGACGCGGCAAUGUCGAAAACGCAGAAGAGUUUACUGUUGCAAAACGUUCGCUUGGUACUGGUUUGACUGCAGCUGGUGUGACAUCGUCCUGGACCUGGAGUACGACACUACUUUCUUCCGCCACUGUGGCCUACGAGUAUGGUGUCGCUGGUUCCUUCUUUUACGCUGCAUGCAACAGCACUCAAAUUAUGAUCUUCAGCAAUCUUGCAAUUGAAUCCAAACGCAAAGCACCUAAUGCCCGUACCUUCCUCGAGAUCAUCCGUGUCCGAUAUGGCACGAUCGCUCACCUCUCCUUCAUGUUCUUCAGCUUGGCGUCCAACAUUCUUGUCGUCUCAUCCAUCUUACUUGGCGGUGCGGCAGCGAUCAAUUCUCUGACUGGGAUGAGCGUAUAUGCUAGUCUUUGGCUACUUCCAACCAGUGUGACGGCUUACACACUACGUGGAGGACUCCGGGCGACCAUCUUGACCGACUACGUACAUACUGCCAUUAUUUUGAUCAUCAUAUUCGUCUUCUGGUUCAAGGUCUACGCCACCGGAGAUCAAAUCGGAUCCCCAGCAAAGAUGUGGGACUUACUGCAUGAGGCUGCAAAACGCAACGACUUCUCCGCGCCCACCAAGGACGGCAGCUAUCUCACCAUACGCUCUCUAGGCGCGCUCAAGUUUGCUAUCCUAAGUAUCCUCGAAUAUACUGGUGUCGUGUUCUUGGACAACUCGUUCCAUCAAAAGGGCAUUGCCGCCGAUCCUGCGUCUGCGGUACCAGGCUAUGUCCUUGGAGGGCUUGCUUGGUAUGCCAUGCCGUUUACCCUUGCAACGACGAUGGGGAUUGCUGCCAUUGCUCUGGAGAAUACGCCGGCUUUUCCCACGUUUCCGCAAAGAAUGAGUACGGCGGAAAUUAGUGCUGGCUUGACAUUGCCGUAUGCUGCUCAGACAAUCGCAGGGAAAGGUGGAGCGGGAGCAGUCCUUGUUCUGAUGUUUAUGAGCUGUACGAGUGCAAUCUCAAGCCAGCUAAUCGGUGUUUCAACUGUACUAUCCUAUGACGUGUACAAGACUUACAUCAACCCAAAAGCCACCGACACACAGAUACUUCGCGCAGGACACUAUUGCGUAGUCGGCGUUGCAAUAUUCAUGGCAGCAUUUGCUAGUAUGCUUCAUGGAGUCAAGAUCGACUUAGGAUUCAUCUACAAUAUGACGGGUAUCUUUACGGGAUCGGCAUUGCCCGCUUUAAUUGUAACCUUCUUCUCAACAAGACAAGGCGCAUUAGCAGCGAUAGCAUCUAUUUGGAUCGGAUUCUUCUCCGCGAUAAUCACAUGGUUGACACUCGCGAAUCGUUUCUCAGGCACGGUAAACCUUGCGUCUGUGGGACAAACUGACCCAUGCCUGUACGGGUGUAUCGCUGGUAUAGGCGCUGCUGGCAUCGUCACAAUCCUCAUCUCGACUUUACAUAACGCAAGGUAUACCUGGGACACGCUAGGGGCCAUCCGCUUGACCGACGAAGCAGGUCAUGACAAGGAUGUCGCUUUCGAAGAUCCCGAUUACAACCCAGAGCGCCUGAGGAAAGCUGCUUACAUUGCUCGCGCAAUAACAGUAUCCUUGUUUCUGGCCUUGUUUAUCAUAUGGCCACUCAGUUUGUAUGGGACGGCAUAUCAAUUUUCGAAGAAGUUUUUCACCGGAUGGGUCAUAGUAUCCCUGCUGUGGGCAGUCUUUUCGUUUGCAAGCGUUACAGUGUAUCCGAUCAUCGAAGAACGUCGACGCUUCUUGUCUUGGGUCAAGAGUAUCUCCAAUCACGAUGGAAAGGAUACUCGGACAUUCGCAUCGAUCAAGAACAUAUGA